UGACAAGAAUGGGGGUUGUCGGGCAUCUCCCCGCAUCUUUCCUUGCUAUCUAUCUUAUCGCCGACCCUCACUCACUCUCUAUCGAUGAGAAUAAGUACCGCCUCAACAAUCACGGUCGGAAUCACCACCAUCCGCAUCUCCUCAUCCAGAAUCCCCAUUUCCCAUGUCUCGCUUCUCUCUCCAAGGCCGAACGGCCCUCGUCACGGGUGGUGCCCGCGGCUGCGGCCUGGCAUUUGCGCGGGGUCUCGCCCAAGCCGGCGCCGACGUAGCCAUCUUCGAUGUGAUUGCCCCAGAGGAGGGGUUUCAUUCGAUUGAAAAGGAAUAUGGAGUGCGCACGGCAUACUACAAAGUGGACGUUUCCUCCCCCGAAUCCCUCGCCGCGGGGUUUUCCUCCUUCCAAACCGACUUUUCCAACGCCCUGGACAUUUGCGUCCCCUGCGCCGGUAUCAAUCGACACCAGACCUUUCUCGACUUUAAAUUCGAGGACCACCAUGACCUGCUUAAGAUUAAUGUGUUGGGACUGUUCCACACGGCUCAACUCGCCGCCCGACAGAUGAUCGCCAAUCAGACCCAACAUGGGAGUAUUGUGUUGGUGGCCAGCAUGGCGAGUCAUAUUGCGGUGAAAAGCCAACUCUGCAGCGCGUAUUGUGGUUCCAAGGGGGCGGUCCGGGCCAUGUGCCCGGCUAUUGCAAAGGAGAUGGCAGAAUAUCCAAACAACAUGGAAAUACCAUCCUCACAUAUCCCCAUCUCCACCUCGAUUCACACACAAUCAAAAUCAUAUACCAUGGCCCCCAGCGCAACCAACGAGGGCUUGGGCUUCCCCACCACCAUCCCCACCACAACAGUCGUGGUGGUCGGCGCCGGUCCAUCAGGCCUGAUGCUCGCAUCCAACCUCCUCCGCUACGGCACGCCCGUAAUCCUCCUCGACGACCGUCCCUCCCGCACCACCACCGGCAAAGCAGACGGUCUACAACCCAAGACCAUCGAAACCCUAAAACAGCUCCGUCUGGCAGACGAGCUUCUCCGAAAUGGAGCCAAGGUUUAUGAUAUUUCGUUCUGGGACUCCACCCCCACACACCCCCUCCGUCGAUCCGGUCGCCAACUGCACUACCCGGAUCAUUUAGUCGGGGCGUCAGAUCCGUAUAUUCUCCUUGCGCAUCAGGGAAUGUUGGAGGAUGUGUUGAUUGGGGAUAUUGAGGCGAGGGGGGGGAGAGUACAACGGAGUAGUGCGUUUGUGGGGGUUAAGAAGAUUCCAUCGGGGGAAGGGAAAGGGGAUAAGUUGGAGGUUGUGUAUGAGGAUGUGAGUACACGGACUGAGAAGAUUAUUCAUGCGGGGUAUUUGGUUGGGUGUGAUGGGGCGAGAUCGAAGGUUAGGGAUUUUAUUCCCGAUGCGAAGUUGGAGGGGGAAAUGACGAAUGCGUCGUGGGGGGUUUUGGAUGGUGUCAUUGAUACGGAUUUCCCUGACCUGUGGAGUAAAGUUGCCGUGCGGUCGCAUACGGCUGGUUCUAUCCUCUGGAUUCCUCGGGAGCGCGGCAUGACCAGACUCUAUGUUGAGUUGAGUUCGACGGACGGGGAGAAAGUGGAUAGGGCUAAGGCCACUACCGAGUAUGUGAUUGCGAGAGCUCGCGAGGCUAUGAGUCCGUUUCGGUUGGAGUGGAAAUCAAUCGAAUGGUUCGGCAACUACGUCGUCGGCCAACGUGUAGCACGCAACUUCUCCGACCCCGACAACCAAAUCUUCAUUGCUGGCGAUGCCGGCCACUGCCACUCCGCCCUCGCCGCCCAAGGCGCCAACACCAGCAUGCACGAUAGCUUCAACCUAGCAUGGAAACUCAACCUCGUAUCUCGAGGUCUAGCCCACCCAUCUCUCCUAUCCAGCUACGGCGACGAACGGCGGAAAAUCGCCAACGAUUUGAUUUCCUUUGACGCGGAACAUGUCGCCGCAUUUGAGAAAGGUGAGGCAGCGCUGGCCAGGAACUUUGAUGAGAAUAUCCGGUUUAUUUCGGGCGUGGGGGCUGAAUAUACCCCUGGUUUGUUGACUCGGGGGAAGGUAACUGGUGGUGGAGGGGUGAAGCCGGGGUCAUUGAUGCCCCCGGCCAAUGUCACCAGAUAUAUUGAUGCAAAUCCGGUGGAUGUUCAGCUCGAUGUACCUAUGUUGGGACAGUUCCGGGUAUAUCUAUUUACUCCGGAUGUGAGUACCGGAGGGGAGUUUCUGGAUGGAUUCUGUGAAGGGAUCAGCACUUCCCUGGAAAAAAUAGGGAAGAAAGCAGAGACGUCGUAUAUUGAUCGCCCGCGGGGAUAUGCGGAGAGGGAUGAGUAUGUCCAGCCGGGGAGAUAUACCAUCGUGUCGCAACUGGUCACGUAUGGUCUUGUGACGAAAUCAACGAAGAAGGAAUUCGAGUUGGGGGAUCUGCCGGAGGUGUUGCAGCGGAGUCGCUGGACGGUGUAUCUGGAUGAUGUGGAUGAGAAGGGAUGUACGAUGAAGUGGAUGGGGGAGAUGGAGGGGGGCAGGUGGGCGUGGUGGUUGUUCGACCGGAUGGGUAUGUGGGGUCGGUUGCCAGGUGGGGGGUCACGGGGAUAG